AUGUCAAUAGGUACUGAAAAUCAAAUUGAAGUAUGUGAAGAAGAAUUAAUUAAUUUACAAGGUACUAUUUUUGGAAUUGAUGAAGAUUCAAGUCGAAUCUUAGCGAAACAUGAAGCUUCAAAAGAUGAAAUUGCAUUUAAAGCAAAUGAAUUAAAAAAAUAUGUUUCUGUUAGUAAUCAUACUAAAGUUUUAAAUGGAAGAGAGUGUGGGUGUGCGAAAAUAAUAAGAAGAUUCACACCCACACCCACACCCAAUUCAUUGCGCAAGGUAGUACACUCAUUUUUAUUAUAGCUUAUAUCAAGAAAAUCUCAACUCUAAGCACCUUCCGAGUAGAUAAUUGUUAAUUUCUAUUGUAAACCCUUCCAAAACAUAUAACUGAAUAGUAUAAUUUCAAAGAUAAUUCUAAUCUCCCGAAAAAAGUUGAUUUUUGUGGAAAACAUAUCGAUACAAAAGAAGCAUUGGAGAAAGAUAUUCGGACUCAAUGCAAUGAACGUCUCAUCGAAUAGUAUCUACUCUAAAAGCUCCAGUGUUCUAUUAUUCAAAAUGGAAUAAUUCCAGAAAUCAGGUUUUAGCUGCAACACCCAAAAUUAUCCACCCCGUUCAUAUCCCUACGCCAGGUUUAUGCUAAAUUUUACGCUUGUAGACAUGCUUACAAAUGUAAGUCUACAAAAUCUGAAACUUUCAUUCGAUUUGGAUGUACCCUAUGUAAAGUACGGUACGUGCUUGAAAGAGCGGGAUUCUUGAACUUUGCCAAUUGGCGAUUGUCCAAAAGAUAUACUCGCGAGAGUCGAAUAGAUUUUGAUUCAUAUAAAUAUAAUGUGAAUCAUUCGGUUAGAAAUCGUUCGAAUAUGAUCAUAGCAAUUUUAUACACUACAUGAUAAACUAGAAAAGGUAUGCUGAAUAAUAUAAUACCAAUGGAAAUGAAGUUAAGAAAAAAAGAACAAAUGAACAUAUGAAGCUUGAAUAAGAUAAAGAAAAAAUUGAAUAAUCAUUUAUUCAUCAGUUGGUGAUUCACUAGAUGUUGAAUCAGAUGAGUUUGAUGCUGAUUUAACUUUUUUUCCUCUUUUUUCCCUUUGUUAUCUCGACAAACCGGAUCACCAACAAGGUAAGCAAAUAAUGUUAAUGUUACUUCAAGAGAUUUUUGUUUUGAAAAUCAUAAACUAAAUAACUUUUUUAUUUGUUUACUUUAACGUUCCGCUGCUUGAAUAGUUUUUGAUGAUUUGGUAGACGAAAAACCAAGAUCAAUUUGGGCCAUUCGAUGAGAUAGAACAGUUUCUUCUUGGUUUAAACAUUGAAUAAACCUCUACAAGUUAGGAUGUGGCUGAACAACUCUUGAGAAAAACCGUCGAUGUUUUGCUAAAAUUAAAAUAUCAAAAUAUGGGCAAUUCACUCACACAGAUCCCUAUAAAGAUCAUUGUGAAGUCUUUUCUUACCUUCAGCAAAAUGAUUUGUUCGUCAAUUUCUGUCAGAUACGGACCACAUUUCUGGUUUAAAACUAUUAAAUCAUUGUUUUUCGAAAUAACCUAAAGUGCUCUAAAUUUCUCUGCUUCAGAAGAUGCUCGAAGCUUUUUUUCAAUAGUUUAAAUCCAUCUGAAAUAUGUUCAACAGGUACAAGAGCCAAUCUCAUAAUACUAUGAGAUAUUGAAAAAAAAUGACGUACUUAUGUUUGAACAGCAUUGAUAUAAAUGCUCUUUCGAAAUCACAAACAAUUGUAGUUGGUUUUAAAUCGAUACCUUUUUUACCAUCUAUUCUUUUCAAACAUCGAAAAAUCGCUUCAUAUAUGUAUAUCUUGUUUUCUAUUCGAUGUUAGUAUAAAACAAACAGGGAUGGCUAAAAAUAAUGAGAAAGCGAAAUGAAAAAACAUAUCAUUUAUCAUUGGCAAUAUUAUUGCAUACAGUGCGAACAUAUCUCUCUCCUUCUCUCUUAUCUUAUCUAAUUCAGGUGCAUUCUUUCGUCUCUUUAACCUAUAUACAUGUGUAUAUGUAUAUGUCGUAGGAUAGAUUAAAAUCGAGUUCAGUUUUAAAUCGAACUAGGAUAGAUUGAAAUUUUAAUUUUUCCUAGUUCAGAUUGAAAUGUGUAAAAUUAAAACUUCUAUGCAAGAUGGAAUGAGGGAAUAUACUUUGAAUGGGAUAGCUCUUUGUUUUUGUAAGUUUAAAUAGUAAAUUUAACAACAAUAGUUCGAUCUAUCUUGUGAAAAUGGAGCAAGUAUUCUACAUUAAAGUGAAUGAGUUUGUGAAAACACUUAAUUAAAACAGAAAUUUACAAUGAAGUGGUAGAAAUUCUGUAGGAUGUCGAAAUAAAACACGAGGCGCAGCUCGAAUUCUGGGCAAAGAAGCACUUCGUUUUGGUCAAAAUAGGUGAACAAGAUAUUUUGUACGCAUCGAAACAAAAAUUACCAGUUGUGACAUUUGAAAAUUUAUUUAAAAAAAUCGA